AUGUUCUCCUCACUCUUCUCCGUCGCCGUCGCGACGCUCCUCGUGCAAUCAGCAUCCUCAUCGCCUCUCACGACACCACCUCCUUCGCUCUCUCCCACCCCAUCGCCUACACCCUGCACCAAGACUAUCUACACAUUCCCUGAAAUCCAAAUUUUCUGUACCUUCACGGCCACGACAACAACCUCUACCGUUUACACCGACUGCGCCGGAUGUGCGCUUGAGACGAUUAACCUCGGUGGUAUUGGACCCGCCUGCCGGAAUGUUACGACAGUUCCUGGUACGAAGACUGCGACUGUUACGGCUUGUCAGACGGCUUGA